GAGAGGGAGUGUCUCUCCGGCUCGCCCACGAGGAGCUGAACGACUGCAGUCGCACGGCGGGGGGAUGACCCGCCGGGGGAAUGAGAGGAGCUCCUCCGGCCCGCCCGUCGGACCCGGCUGCCCGCGCCAGGACAUGGGCCCCCCCAGCCGCCCCGGGAGCAUCGCCAGCAGGACCCUGCAGCAUCUGUUUCUGUUGCUCCUCUUCACCGGACCUUUCAGCUGCUUUGCGACCUACAGCCGGGCCACCGAGCUCUUGUACAGCCUCAACGAGGGCCUGCCGGCCGGGGUGCUGAUCGGCAGCCUCGCCCAAGACCUGCACCUGGCCCCCAGGGAGCAGGGGGCGAAGGGCAGCGGGCCGUGGCGCCCGCCGGACCAGUGGGACCCGCCGCUGUCUUUCAGCUUGGCCUCCCGGGGCCCGGGUGGCCGCUAUGUGACCCUGGACAACCGCUCGGGAGAGCUGCACACCUCAGCUCAGGAAAUCGACCGCGAGUCCCUGUGCCUCGAUGGGGCCGGAGUGGGCGGCGGGGCCGGGGACGUCUCGCUCUCUUCCUCGCCUUCUCUGGACUCCUGCCUGCUGCUCCUGGAUGUGUUGGUCCUGCCCCAGGAGUACUUCCGUUUUGUCAAAGUGAAAAUCGCCAUCCGCGACGUCAACGACAAUGCCCCGCAAUUUCCCAUGCCCCAGAUCUCUCUGUGGGUCCCGGAGAAUGCCCCCGUUGACACCCGGCUGGCCAUCGAACACCCGGCCGUGGACCCCGAUGUGGGCGCCAAUGGGGUGCAGACCUACCGCCUCCUGGACUACCACGGCGUCUUCACCUUGGAUGUGGAAGAGAAUGAGAACGGCGAGCGCACGCCCUACCUGAUCAUCAUGGGGGCCCUGGACCGAGAGACCCAAGACCGCUAUGUGACCGUCAUCGUUGCCGAGGAUGGGGGUACCCCGCCCCUACUAGGGAGUGCCACCCUCACCAUCGGCAUCGGUGACGUCAAUGACAACUGCCCCCUCUUCGCGGACUCGCAGGUCAACGUCACCGUAUUCGGCAACGCCACCGUAGGUGCGCCCGUGGCCGCCGUCCGGGCGGUGGACCGCGAUCUAGGUUCCAAUGCCCAGAUCGCCUACGCCUACAGUCAAAAGGUGCCCCAGCCAUCCAAAGACUUAUUUCACCUGGACGAAGUGACCGGCAUCAUUAGCAUCUCUGACGAGAUGGGGGGAAGCGUCCUCCGCUUGCACAAGCUCACCAUCCUGGCCAAUGGGCCGGGCUGCAUUCCGGCUGUGAUCACGGUGCUGGUGUCCAUCAUCAAGGUGGUCUUCCGGCCCCCUGAGAUAGUCCCUCGAUACAUAGCUAACGAAGUGGAAGGGGUGGUUUACCUGAAAGAACUGGAGCCCGUGAAUACGCCGAUCGCGUUUUUCACCAUCAAGGACCCAGAAGAAAACUCUAAGGUGGACUGCUACUUGGAUGGAGGUGGUCCUUUCAGACUAUCUCCCUACCAAGUUUACAGCAAUGAAUACCUCUUAGAGACUACGAAGCCUUUGGACUAUGAAACUCAGCAACUCUAUGAAAUAGCCGUGGUGGCCUGGAACUCGGAGGGAUUUCGUGUCCAGAAGUCCAUCCAGGUGCAGGUUUUGGACGAUAAUGACAACGCUCCAGUGUUCGCCCAAUCGUUGAUAGAAUUGUCCAUCGAAGAAAACAACGCUCCCGAUGCCUUUCUGACCAAGCUGCAUGCCACAGAUGCAGACAGUGGAGAGAGAGGGGCAGUUUCCUAUUUUCUCGGACCCGAUGCUCCCUCGUAUUUUUCUUUAGAUAAGCUCACGGGGGUUCUUACUGUGUCCACCCAGCUGGACAGAGAAGAAAAAGAGAAGUACCGAUAUACGGUCAGAGCAGUCGACUCAGGAUUGCCACCAAGAGAGUCCGUAGCCACGGUGGCCAUCACAGUUUUGGAUAAAAAUGACAACAGCCCAAGAUUUAUCAACAAGGACUUCAGCUUUUUCAUCCCAGAAAACUUCCCAGGCUUAGGUGAAAUUGGAGUAAUUAGUGUCACAGAUGCCGAUUCGGGACGGAACGGGUGGGUGGCUCUUUCUGUGAUGAACAGAAGUGACAUUUUUGUCAUAGACACAGGGAACGGCAUGUUGCGGGCUAAAGUCUCUCUGGACAGAGAGCAGCAGAGCUCUUAUAUUUUGUGGGUGGAAGCCGUGGAUGGCGGGGAACCGGCCCUCUCGUCGAUUGCCAAAAUAACCAUCCUUCUGCUGGACAUCAAUGAUAAUCCUCCCCUUGUCCUGUUUCCUCAAUCAAACAUGUCUUACCUCCUGGUUUUGCCUUCCACUCUCCCGGGCUCCCCCAUUACGGAGGUCUACGCCGUUGACAAGGACACAGGCAUGAAUGCUGUCAUAGCUUAUAGCAUCAUAGGGAGAAGAGGUCCUCGUCCUGAAUCCUUUAGGAUUGACCCUAAAACCGGCAACAUUACUUUGGAAGAAGCGCUUAUGCAGAACGACUACGGACUCUAUCGUUUACUGGUCAAAGUCAGUGAUCAUGGGUACCCAGAGCCCCUCUACUCUACAGUCAUGGUAAACCUGUUCGUGAACGAUACCGUGAGCAAUGAGAGCUAUAUUGAAAGCUUGCUAAGAAAGGAACCUGAGAUUAGCAUAGAAGAGAAAGCACCGCAGAUAGCAAUAGAACCCACUCAUAAAAAAAUCGAAUCGACCUCAUGUAUGCCUACUUUAGUAGCCCUCUCCAUAAUAAGUUUGGGGUCUAUUACUUUGGUAACUGGCAUGGGCAUAUAUAUUUGCCUGUGGAAAGGGAAAAAGCUUCACCGAGAAGCGGAAAAUCUGGAAGUACAAAUCCCACUGAGAGGAAAAAUUGACGUCCUUAGGCUAGACAGGAAACCUAUGGAUAUUUCUAACAUUUGACUCUUCUGGGUGAAUAACCAGAUCGAUAUUCGGCAGCCUUGGACAAUCCCCACACAUAGAGAUGCAAAUAUAUUGACAGCAGUUACAAUGAAGGACCACUAAUUUAUAAAUUAUAGUAUAAUGUAAAUAGCUGUUUACAAGUUUUUUUAAAUUCUAAUUCAGGUCUUCUAAAACAUGUACAGCAUUUUUUAAUUAAAAAAAAAAGGUAGAACUACUUAACUAGAGAAGUGUCUAUAAAAACCUGGGCAUCAUUUGCAGCUUUCAAAAACCAAGCAAGUCAGUGAGCAUGAAGAGAGAGUAAGGGCCACAUUUGUGGACCUUAAUGACAUUUCGGUUUAAAAAGUCCUCUGAACCACAAGAGGGCAUCAGCUGAUCCUGUGCAGGGAACGAUGCGUGAAUAAAGACAAAAUAUAUUUUAAAUAUGUUGCUUUUAAGAUAAAACUCACUAAGUUAAGUGAAAAAAUUUAUUUGACUAGUAAUGUAUGAUGAAAAAAAGUGAUAAUUAUUGCACUGGUAAAAGAGAGUAUUUAUUACCUCAUGAGGAAAACAUGUACAAUACGAUAGAGAAGGCAUUAGUAAGAAGUGCAAUUCCUUUUCAGCAAGGUAACAAAACAUUGCCAUGUAAUGAGAAAUUGAACUGUUGAACAGUGUUUGUUUAUUUUUUUUCCCACUCACUAUGGACUCAAUAGCUUGCUUUUUUAUUUUUUUGCUUGCUCAAUCACUUUGCUUGCCAUUAUUAUGGGGAAAAUGUAUUUAUCUUUUUUUUUUGCAGCAUAACAUAAAACAAAACAGUGUAUCCAUAGCAAAAUAGCCAGAUGCAAGGAAUGGUUAGAACCUUACUUGUCUCAUAGGUGUUGAUACUAUUUUGUGUUUUUACAAGUUGUGUGUGCUUUAUUCAUCAUUUUAUUAUGUAAAGGUUGUUAUAUGCAUUUCAUUCAAUUUCAUCUCUCAUCAGAAAGGAUUUUUAGAAGUGUGUUAACACUCGGGAACCACUCAUUAGAGUUCUGGCAUCUUUGUGAAAGAUUUGGGGGGCUUUUUUGUGGCUUUUUUUUCUUUUUUAUUGCCGGUUAGGUUAACUGUCUACCAUUUCUGAGUCCCUUUCAUUCGCUUUGGAUCCAGUCCAGGAUCUUACAUAUUAUCCUGGUGGCAGAUUUUUCUUUUUCUUUUAUUCUUUUCUGCAUUAUUCAUAAUGAAAUAUCAGUUUUAUCACUUCCAUCUCUUUGUUUGAGCUUGGGAAAAUAUUUUGCAAAAUGGUCUAACAAAUUAAUUUAUGUAAACAAGGAAAAUAAGUGUUAUGCUUAAAAUGGAUCCUUCUCCAGCAUCACAUGUCUGUACUGUACCAAAAGUGUUUAUAUGUCUGCAAAUUAAAGCUAUAUAUUUUCAUAACAA